AUGGGGAAACCACGGAUGAUUAUUCUGGUCCGUCACGCCCAGUCCGAAGGCAACAAGAACCGCGAUAUCCACCAAACCACCCCCGAUCACCGAGUGAAACUCACACCCGAGGGACAUCGCCAAGCUCAGGAGGCUGGACGCCGGCUGCGUGAUCUCCUACGUCCCGAUGAUACUUUGCACUUCUUCACGUCUCCUUAUCGCCGGGCGAGAGAGACCGCUGAGGGCAUGCUCAGCUCCUUGACCUCCGAUUCGCCCGCUCCCUCCCCGUUCCAGAGGCAUGCUAUCAAGGUGUACGAGGAGCCACGACUUCGAGAGCAAGACUUUGGCAACUUCCAGCCAUGUUCCUCUGAGAUGGAAAGGAUGUGGAUGGAACGAGCAGACUAUGGUCACUUCUUCUACCGCAUUCCCAACGGUGAGUCCGCAGCAGAUGCAUAUGACAGAGUAAGCGGCUUCAACGAGUCUCUGUGGCGAUUAUUUGGUGAAGAAGACAUGGCCAGUGUUUGCGUCCUGGUAACUCACGGUUUAAUGACUCGGGUGUUCUUAAUGAAGUGGUAUCACUGGAGCGUGGAAUACUUUGAAGACCUGCGCAACAUCAACCACUGCGAGUUUGUGAUUAUGACCCAUAACCAAGACAACGGCAAAUACACGCUUCAGAAUAAGCUACGUACGUGGUCCGAUCUGAAAAAGGAGAGGGACGCUGAAAAAGAACGUGAACGCGCUAUAAAGGGCUUGGAGUCUGCUCAACCAUUGUCUACAGACCAUAUCCCUGUCCGUCGGAAAUGGGGUGGCUGCCCUGAUGGAUGUACUCACGGCUUGGCUGGAGACGGCAAGCGAUCUCUGCGAGCGAGAGUAGUGGACUCGAUGCGUCAAAAGUCAGUGGAUGAGAACGCACCGGACCAUCCGUCACCUCUCAAGCACGCCUCGACUCAGUCUGACACAUUCGACGGAUCUUUUACAUUCUCAAAUGACUGUGCGCCCCAGAAGGAGUCACCCACGUCCAACAAUCUACUCCCGCUCUCCUGCAUCUCAGGCGGGCGCGAUGGAGGCGGCUCCAUGAGCGGCGCCAACAGCCUCGCGCCAUCCGACGACGAAGGCGACGGCCACGACCACCAUGCUGCCCGGUCAGCCAUCGUUAAACAUUCGCCAGUCUCGUCAGUCUCGUCAGUCUCGCACUCUUUCCCGCCGUCUCAGGACCUUGAGGAUGAUGGUGACGACGAGUUAAGCGCUAAAGAUACGAAGCGUUCACGCGCGCACCACCAUCACCACCAUCACCACCACCACCCGGGCCACACGCAUACCCACCACCGGAAUGCCUCAUCGACCUCGCAGCCUCCGCACAGGAUGGCCAACAUCCUCGGUGAUGGUGAUGACAUAUCUACUCGAUCCGGUGCAACGACACCCGAGCUGCCAGAGACGCACGGCUUCCGGCAAGAAGAGAAUGGAUCUUUGGAGGCGCAACAGGAGGAGGACCAGAGUGUUCGCGGUAGUGUGUAUUGA